AUGCCCUUCCUAUAUCUCUUACCCUUAAUAACCCUCUAUUAUUCACAAGUUGCUCAUGUUUCUUCUUCUUCACUAAGUGUUUUGUCCGAAGGUUCAUCACUCUUGGUUGAAAAGAAACAUCAUUUGGUUUCACCAAAUGGCCUUUUCACAGCCGGAUUUCACGAGAUUGGCCAAAAUGCUUAUUGCUUUGCAAUAUGGUUUUCUGAGCCCAUGUUAGAUGGAAAUCACACAUUGGUUUGGACGGCAAAUCGAAAUGAACCUGUCAACGGAAAAGGGUCCAGGUUUUCCUUGUGGAAAAACGGUAACCUUGUUCUUACUAGUGCCGGCCAAAAAAUUUGGACGAGCGACACUCAAUCUAAUUCACAGUUGCAACUGCAACUCCUCGACUCGGGUAACCUUGUUCUUACCAAGUUAGUAAAGAAUUCCUAUCUUUGGCAAAGUUUUGAUUUUCCAACCGACACUAUCCUUCCCAAUCAGCCUUUCACCAAAGAUACCGUCCUCAUAUCUUCCAGAAGUUCCACAGAUUUCUCUACUGGCUUCUACAAACUCUAUUAUGACUAUGACAAUAUAAUCCGCCUUCUGUAUAGCAAGAAUGAUGUUACAAGUGUAUAUUGGCCUUAUUUUUAUUCAACAUCAUGGGAAUCAAGAAGAUCUACUUACAACAACAGUAGAGUUGCUUCGCUUGAUUCCAAAGGGAGUUUCCAGUCCUCUGACAAUCUUACUUUUAUUACCACAGACUAUGGUGAUGCCCUUCAAAGAAGACUGACACUUGAUGUUGAUGGCAAUAUAAGAGUUUACACACUUAACCAGAGAAGCUGGAGUGUUUCAUGGCAAGCAAUUUCAGAUCCAUGUACAAUUCGUGGAAUUUGUGGUCCAAACAGCCUUUGUACUUACAACCCUGAAUCAGGAAGGAAAUGUGCUUGCAUGCAUGGAUACAAGAGCACGAACCAAUCCGACUUGUCUUUUGGGUGUGAACCUAUACAUGAUCUUUCUGGACAUCAUGAAAAGUAUGACUUCAUAAUGCUCCCACAGGUAGAAUUUUAUGGGUUUGAUAUUAAAUUAAUUGAAGGAUCCAAUUUCACAGUCUGCAAGAACGCUUGCUUUGAUAACCCAAACUGUAAAGCCUUCCAAUUCACCUUAGAUGCAGCUAGGGGCUCCUCUAAGUGUUAUAUCAAGACUUUCUUGUUCAAUGGCUUAUACAUGGGUACUAUUUACAACACUUAUCUUAAGCUACCUAAAAAUGAGGUAUUAUCAUAUAAUAAACAUGUUGCUAACGAGUCCAGCUUGUAUUGCUCGAGUUCUAGAACUGAGCUAGAGCGUGGGAAGAAGAGUGAAAAUGGGUCACUCAAGUUUGUGUUGUGGUUUAGCAUCAUCCUAGGUGUAAUUGAAUUUACGUCCUUCGUAUUCUUCUAUUAUAUUAUCAAACAACCCUCAGGUACAACGACCCAAAACUACCUAGCAAUUGCCACUGGAUUCAAAAGGUUUACAUAUGCAGAGAUAGUGAAGGCAUCUCAUAAAUUUGGAGAAGAAAUUGGAAGAGGUGGUGGCGGUAUUGUGUACAAAGGCAUACUUCCAGACAAUCGAGUGGUAGCAAUUAAGCGACUCCAUGAGGCUUUCCAAGGAGAAGCUGAAUUUCUUGCAGAAAUGACUACAAUUGGAAGGAUAAAUCACAGGAACUUGAUAGAAACAUAUGGUUAUUGCGCUGAGGGUAAGCAUCGGAUGCUGGUCUAUGAGUACAUGGAGAAUGGCUCAUUAGCCAAGAACAUAGGCAGUAACCAGCUUGAUUGGCAAAGUAUAAUUGAAAUUGCAUCUGGCGUUGCGAAAGGGCUAGCUUAUCUACAUGAAGAAUGCUUGGAUUGGGUUUUGCACUGUGAUGUUAAACCACAAAAUAUAUUGUUGGAUGCUAAUUUUAACCCAAAGGUUGCUGAUUUUGGUCUGUCCAAGCUAUUCCACCCAGGCGUAAUGGAAAAUUCUACCUUUUCAAAGAUAAGAGGCACUAGAGGGUAUAUGGCUCCAGAAUGGGUGUUUAAUCUUCCAAUUACUUCAAAAGUGGAUGUUUAUAGCUACGGGAUGGUGGUGCUAGAGAUGAUAACAGGACGAAGUCCUACAUAUGAUCAACCACACAAUGAUAAUGAAAUGUUGGAACAAAAGAGGCUUGUAAACUGGGUAAAGGAGAAGGUCGUUGCCAAUAGUGAAAGUUUGAUAGAGACACAAAUCACGGAGAUACUGAAUCCUAUGAUAAGGGGUGAAUAUGAAAAUGGUCAAAUGAGUAAUCUUCUAAAAGUGGCUCUGCAAUGUGUUAAGGAAGAUAAAGACGCUCGACCAACCAUGAGUGAGGUUGUGAAAAUGCUUCUGCCCCUAGAGAUGGAUGAUUAGUAGAAAUAGAUUUCACUCGUAUAGUUACAAUCAUUAGAGUCACUUAUGAGUUGGAGACUAUUCAUCAGAAAAAUGUGUUUUUUUCAUGUUUUAA